UGACGACGAUUGACACCAGUCAGCGCGCGCAGAACGACCGAGAAAGGUGAAUCUGCCCCCCUGACGUUUCGUUUGUGUGUGGUGGUGUUUUUAGUUUGUUCUCCGAGAGAUUUUUACAGACGGAUUUUUCAUUCUGAGAGUAUCUUGCAUGGGGAGAUCAAUAUGAGUGGAAUGGGCUCAAUGAACAGGAUCAAUACGAUUGGAGAAAGGUCUAACUCCAGGCAGGAUCUUACCUCUUACAGCUAUACCCAGAGGAGUGACGGCUAUGGCGGCGGCGGUGGCAAUGGAUACAACACCGAGAUGCUGAAGUACAGUCGCAGUAUGAGCGGAGGAGGUGGCGGUGGAGGUGGCGGUGCCAGCUAUACGACGUAUAUGAUAAGCCAAGGUGAUACCAUUCAAAUGCUUCACAGCCAAACAUCGGAAUUAAUGAGGACAUGUGAAGAAACCUUGAGAAAAGCAGAGGCCAGUCUUCAAAAUGACAUGAGGUAUGCUGAAACUGGGCAGAGUUUAAGGCGAAGGUACGAAACGGAAUCGUUAUUAGCCAUGGCAAAUGACCAGUUAAAGGAACUUGACAUGUGUAUCAGAGACAUGAAACAAUCGGGUCAACCUGUUGAUCAUCUGCAGAGAAGGAACAGCCAGUACAAAGAUCAACUGCGAGCCCUGUACUCUACCAUGGGUACUCAGAAAUACAGGAAAAGCAGCAGUGGGAAUAUGAAUAAAGGAAUGGAUGAAAUGUACCAAAGCUAUGAGGAUGCAAUCAACUGGAUACAAAAACAAAAGCAUGCGAUAGAUAACUUACCAUGGGGUGAAGACAAAACAACCAUUGAAGAGCAAAUUUUCCGACAAAAGAAUUUUACCAGGGACCUGGAGAAAGCACCAACAAUACUAAAGGCCAAAGCAGAUAUGGAAGGUAAUAGGUCUAUGGUUGCAAGGCUUGAGGAAGAACACAGAAAUUUGAUGAAAAUGUCCAAUGAAAGAUUGGAUCAACUGAGGCAGUUGUCAGAGGUAAUAGAUGACAUUUCCAGGGAAAUCAUGUGGGUAAAUGAACGUGAAGAAGAAGAGUUGGUAUAUGAUUGGAGUGAUAAGAACAAAAACAUUGCCCAAAAGCAGGAAUUAUACUCGAAACUAAUGAGCCAAUUAGAAGAUAAAGAGAAACAACUAAAUAAACUUAAGCAAAAAGUGGACAAUCUGCUAACAAACGGUCACCCUGCAAAAGACAAGAUUGAGGCAUACAUGGAAACUUUGCAGACUCAAUGGAGCUGGAUUCUUCAGAUAAUAAAAUGCAUUGACGUGCACUUGAAGGAAAAUGCAGCUUACUUCCAGUUUUUCAGUGAUGCACAAACAACAGAAAACAGCCUUAAGAAGCAACAAGAACUGCUAAGAAGUAAAUUUGUGUGUGAUAAGAACACACAACUGUCUCAGAUUCAAGACUUAAUAAGAGACUUGGAGAAAGAAAAGGAAAGGACUUCAGAAUUUAGAAGACAUGUGCAACAUCUAAUAAACAGAUCAAAGACGAUUGUACAACUGAAACCUCGUAGCCCAGACUAUAAAAUCACCAGUCCUGUCAUCCUUAAGGCUCUAUGUGACUUCAAACUGGAGCAGAAAACAAUCAACAAAGACAACGAUUGUAUUCUACAAAAUAACUCUCAACGCAGCAAGUGGAAAGUAACAGGCCCAGGUGGACUGGAAAUGGAAGUUCCUUCUGUUUGCCUUAUUAUUCCUCCUCCCAAUCCUCUGAGUAUUAACAUAGCUUCCAAAAUUGAGCAAUACUAUGAAGCAAUUUUGACCAUCUGGAAUCAGCUGUUUAUCAACCUCAAGAGUAUAGAGUCUUGGCACUACUUGAUGGCAGAUAUUACAACCAUCAGUUCCCUAACAAUCAACACGCUGAAGACAAUGCGACCUGAAGAUUAUAGAAGGAUGGUCAAGAAUUUAGAGAUACACUAUCAAGAAUUCUUGAAGAACAGUAAAGGGUCAGAAAUAAUUGGAGAAGAGGAUAAAAUGAAAAUUCAAGCAGAAUACAAUGUUGUGCGUGAACACUAUGAUGAAUUGAUAGUAAAUUUACCACAAGAAAGAAAAGAGGAAAAUACAGUGGUUUCAAACAAUGUUGGUUUUUAUGACAGUGGAAUUGUGAUCUCAACCGCACCAAUUCAAAAACAAACACCUGUAUCAACAUUAGUAUCAACAUCAGGAUCAACAGUAGGAUCAACAUUGGGAUCAACAUCAGGAUCAGCAUCAAAAACAAGAAAAUCUGAUCAUAUUGGUGUAGGAGCCUCUCUAGAUUUGAGGCGCAAUACUGUUGUAACUGAUUUCUCAAGUGACCGGUCCAGCAUCUCUAGCCAGCGCUUGCUGGAUUUGCAGCAGUUUCGACAGCGACUGGAAGGGUAUGAGCUUGAUAUGACCAGGCAUAUCCACAUUCCAAUAGGUGGUGACAUGGUGAAAGAGUGCAACCAGAGAAUAACAAUGAUGGAGGGUAUUUAUGGUGAUUUAAGAGCUAUGCAAGAUAACUUUUCAAAACUAAAGGAGCAGAUUUCAAGACAGCUUUCUGAAAUUAAUGAUCCAGAUCAAAGAAGUUUUCUGGAAUCAGAGCUGAAAAUCAUAUCUAAAAGACUGGAUUGCCUGAACGGCUUUACAAAUUUAUAUGUAGAAAGGCUGAAGGCCCUUAGAAGUUUGCUUCAACACAUUGCUAUGGCAGAAGAUACAAUCAAAUUAUAUGAAGCCAGGCUUACUGAAGAGGAGACCAUUUCACUUGAUCCUGAGAAAGUAGAAGCCUACAGGAGUGCAUUAAAGCAAAUGAAAGCAGAAGUAGAUCAAAAUAAAAACAUUUUUGCAUCAUUAUAUGAUGAUCUCCAGAAGGCUACCUUCUACAAUAAUCAGAUUGAUCAGUCUCUUCAUAAGUGUGAUGUGGACAUUUCUAAUUACACUGAGAAGGUGGGCCAAAUGUCUGACCGCUGGCAAAGGAUUCAAACCCAGAUUGACAGCAGGCUUUGGGACUUAGAGAAGCAGUUGAAGCAGCUGAAAUACUACCGUGAUAACAAGGAUGCGGUUAAUAAUUGGAUAAAUGUUACAAAGCAGCGUCAAGAUUCCCUAAUGUCAGCUUCAUUUGGCGACUCAAAAGCUCUUAUUGAAAAUCUUAACGAUCAGAAGAGUCUGCAUACUGAGAUUAUAGGAAGAAGAGACAAAGUAGAUGAAGUCCAGAGGAGUGCUGAAUUAGGAUCCAGCGCCAUCAAGGAUUAUGAACUCCAGUUAGCUUCAUACAGUGCAGGUCUGGAAACUUUGUUAAACAUCCCAAUUAAAAAGACCAUGGUUCAGUCCCCAUCAACAGUGAUAUUACAAGAGUCUGCAGAUAUUAACACACGCUAUAUUGAACUUCUAACAAGAUCUGGGGAUUAUUACAAGUUCCUGAGUGAAAUGCUUAAAAAUAUGGAAGAGCUAAAGAUAAGAAACACCAAAAUUGACCUUUUGGAAGAGGAGCUGAGACUUGCCAAAGAUGAAAACCUUGACAAUUCACAUAAGAAUAAAUUUUUCAAUGAAAACUUGGCUAAGUUGCAGGCUGAGUGUUCAGAGUACAAGUCCAAAAUUCUUGCUCUGGAAGAAUACAAACUGAAGUAUGAACUGGAGUGUAAUUCUGCAAGGCAAAAUCUGGACAGUAGUUUCAAUCAAGUGAAAGAUUUAAAUGAUCAAGUAAUAAAACUCACAUUUGAAAUUGAGGAGGAACGUAGGAAAAGAAAACUGGUUGAAGACCGGUAUUCUAAUCAGAAGGAAGAAUAUGAUCUCUUUAUAAAGAAGAGGCAAAAGGAGCUAGAUGAGCUAAGCUGGCAAAAGUUGGACUCUGAGAAGAUCAUCAAGGAUAAAGAGAGAGAUAUUGAAAGGCUGAAAUCUCAACUGCGAGAUGAAGAAGAACGAAGAAAGGACUGUGAAUCACAGCUUGCAAAGGUAAGAAGCCAACAUAAUCAGGAAUUGCUUAACCUUAAGACUACACAUGAGUCAGAGAUCAAUGUCACAAAGACAACCAUUCAGCAGAUAUCUAAGCAAAAGCAUGAGAGCACAGAAGAUUUAAAACUACAGCUUGAACGGGCUUUAGCAGAAAACAGAGGACUAAAGGAGGAAGUGGAAAGAGUAAAGUCAUCAAUAUUAGAUACAGAGCAACUGUGGAAGAAAGCAGAAGAAAAUGCUCACCAGCAAAAGGCCAGUAGUUCAGAAGAAGUUAGAAAGAGAAGAGAACUGGAGAUUCAGUUAGAAAUAAUCAACAGACAGGUUUCCGAGCAAACACUGAAGCACAAGCAAGCACAGGAAGAUACCUCAAAAGCCAUUGCUGAUAAAAAUAGAGAGCUGGAGAAAUUCAGACAGUUGUACGAGGAGGCAAAACUAAAAAUGAAAGCCAUGGAAGUGGAGAAUGAUGAACUUAAACGAAACCAGGUUGACCUAGAGAAAAAGGUACAUUCCCACACUGAAAUGAUUAGUAAUCUAAAGGUAACAUCUCAGGAGGCCAACAAUGUCAAAGCAGAUCUAGACAGGGCAUCAAGAGACAAAAGUAACUUAGAACAAGAAACAAUUCGGCUUAGAAGUUCCAUUACAGAGAUGAAGGCUAUAAAAAGCCAACUUGAAUCAGAUCUUGCCUUGCAUAAAAAGGCAGCUUUAGAUGAAUCCACCAAAAGGAAAAAGUUGGAAGAAGAAGUAGAGCACCUUACUCGUUCUUCUAAAGAGCAGACUAACACAAUUAAUCACCUCAGACUGCAAAUUGAAGAUAUUUCGAUUAUCAAAGAAAAAACUGAGCAUGGCUUGAAGCUUCAGCAGGAUUCUCUGGACAAAAGCAUAAAGGAAAGGCAAAAAACUGUUGAAGAGCUUAAUCAAAUGACCAUUGAGCUACGAGCGAUGCAGCAGAAACUUCUUGUAGAACAUGAAAGUGUUAAAGAAGCAAAUUCGAGAAAUGAACAGUUAUACAAAACAAUUGAAGAAAAGAGCAAACUUUUGAAUGAAGCCAGGUCUGAAAUAGACAGGCUUCAAUCCCUUACACAAAACCUCACUAAGGAGCGCUUAAAGUUGGAAGAAGAAAUUCGAAGUCUCAGGCAAGAACUGGAUGACAUGAGAAAGAAUAAAGAGAAUGUGGAUAGCGAUAGGAUGGCCAUGAUUACAGAGCUCCAGUUGCAGCUUCAAGCAAGCAGUAAAAGAAUACUUGAGCAUCAGGGUCUUAUUAAAGAAUUGUCGAGUGAAAGGGAAAAAUUGAAACUGGAAAUUGACAAAUUCCAAAAACAAACUUUGGAGGUAAACAACAUGGCCCAGGAAUCUCAGUCACACUACAAUGAACUUUUGCAAGAGAAAGAAAGUCUUUUGCUAAAGUUAAAAAUGAUGGAGCAAGACAAGGCCAGACUACAAAGAUAUGAAGAUGACCUGAGUCGAGUGAAAGCAUCAUUAGAAUCUGAAUUGCGCUUGAAGCAGAGAUUUCAGGAUGAAAAUCAGCAAAUCCGUAAUGAGUUAAGCACAUUAAAAAUUCAGUGUGAGAAGAAAGAGGAAGCUGUUAGGAAAUACAAUAUUGAGAAAGAUAAGUAUGAGAGAGAGAAAAUUUCAAUGUCAAGUGAAAUUGAAAGGCUUCUAGGUGAACUCAAAAUGAUUGAGGAAAAAUACAGGCGUAGACUUGCAGAAGCAGAGAAGGAAAAAGACCAAUGGGAAAAGCUUCAUGCAAAAAUGCAAAUAGAAGUCCAAAGUCUUAACCAGCGACCUGCUUUAUCUAAUAUGCAUACGCAAACAGAUGAAAAUGUUGUUACUCUAGAUUCCUCUAACUUAGUAUUCGAUGGUCUCCGCAAAAAAGUUACUGCUAAACAAUUGUAUGACUGUAAACUUAUUGAUAAAAUUACUUUGAAUCAAAUGCUAAAAGGACAGGUGACAACAGAAAAUGUGGCAAAUGACAUUCAGCGUAAUCUGAAAGGUACAGGUGUGAUUGCAGGCAUAUUUGUUACACCCAAAGAAAAACUAACAAUCUCUGAGGCCAAAAACAAAAAACUUAUUGAGCGAGAGCCGGCCCUCAUGCUUCUGGAAGCUCAAGCAGCCACAGGACAUAUAAUUGACCCAAAACAAAAUGAGAAGUUAACUGUUAAUGAGGCAUAUAAACGAGGCCUAAUAGACUCAGAAGAUAAGGAGAGACUUCUCACAGCUGAAGCAGCCGCUACUGGCUUUAUGGAUCCUUACACUGGUAAAUUGAUUUCAGCAGGUCAAGCUGUCAAAAAAGACAUGAUUGACAGAAAAUCAGCAGCUCGCUACCUAGAGGCCCAGCUUGCUGCAGGGGGAAUUGUAGACCCUGUUAACAGCGUGUUUGUACCAGAAAAUGUUGCGCUUGAAAGUGGUCUUGUUGAUGAUGAUCUCUAUAGAGCACUGAAUGAUCCGCUAGAUGAACCCAAAAAUUUCCUUGACCCAGUUUCUAAGAAAAAUGUCAGUUAUCAGCAGCUAAAACAAAGAUGCAAAACAGAACCACAUUCUGGUUUGCUCAUGCUUCCAGCACCUAAGAAGAGCAUGUCGGUUGCAGGGCUGAGAAAGCCAGUUUCUAUGGAUGAACUGGUUAACUCUGGAAUCAUAGAAGCAUCAAAAGUUUCAGAACUUAGUGCUGAACAGGUGGAGGCGAUAGCUAAACCAUACUUGCAAGGCUCAAGCUGCAUUGCAGGGAUUUAUGAUGAAGUAAAGGAAAGAACAUAUGGCAUAUAUGAAGCAAUGAAAGAAGGCCUUCUUAGACCAGGUACAACUCUUGAACUUUUAGAAGCUCAGGCUGCAACUGGCUUUAUGGUAGACCCUGUGAAUAAUCUGUGGUUGACAGUAGAGGAGGCAUAUAACAGAGGAUUAAUUGGUAAUGAAUUCAAAGCUAAACUCCUUGCUGCUGAAAGAGCUGUGACUGGAUAUACUGAUCCUUUAACUGGGAACACCAUUUCUUUGUUUCAAGCAAUGCAACAAGGGCUCAUAGAAAAAGGUCAUGGUAUUCGUCUUUUAGAAGCACAAAUUGCAACAGGGGGAAUUAUUGAUCCUGUUGCCAGCCAUCGCUUGAAAGUAGAAAUUGCAUACAAACGUGGAUACUUCGAUAAAGAAAUGAAUGAAAUAUUGUCUGACCCAGGCGAUGACACAAAAGGAUUCUUUGAUCCAAACACAGAGGAGAACUUGACAUACUUACAGCUAAAGGAAAGAUGCAUCACAGACAAGAAAACAGGGCUCUGUCUACUGCCCCUGAAAGAUAAGAAAAAACAACAGAAGACAACCCAGAAGAACACCCUGAGGAAACGCAGGGUUGUUAUUGUAGAUCCUGAUACACAAAAGGAGAUGACUGUUCGGGAGGCAUAUCACAAAGAUCUGAUUGAUUAUGAAACCUUCUUAGAGCUCUCUGAGCAAGAAUGUGAAUGGGAGGAAAUUACAGUUACAUCUUCCGAUGGCAAAACCAGAGUAGUCCUUGUUGAUCGCAAGACAGGUCGCCAAUAUGAUAUUCAGGAAUUACUAGAUAAAGGUUUCAUUGACCAGAGUGCUUUUGAGAAGUACCGCUCUGGAACUAUGACUCUGACUCAAUUUGCAGACAUGAUUAGCAAUAAAACAAACGGCGAAACAUUAGUGAGUACUUUUAGUGUUGAAUCUACAAGCCGUAAAGUCACUUCGGCAGUUAGUACAUUCGGUGUUGAGUCUACAGGCCGUAAAGUAACCUCUUCAUCACCAUCAUCGCCAUCACCAGUGACAUCAAGUACAUCACAAAAACAUUUCUCAAGUUAUUCCAUUACCGUUGGCAAUUUCUCAGAGCAGAAUGAACAGUCCAGCCCCAUUGCAGCUAUAUUUGAUACAGAAACACUUGAAAAAAUAACUAUUUCUGAAGGUAUACGAAGGUCGAUUGUUGAUCUUAUCACUGGACAACGUAUUUUGGAAGCUCAGGCCUGUACUGGAGGGAUUAUUAAUCCAGCAGAUGGGCAGAAAUUUUCUGUGGAAGAAGCAGUGAAGCAGGGUCUAAUAGAAGAAGAUAUGGUGCCAAGGCUAAAGCAAGCCUACAAAGCAUACACUGGGUUUGAAGAUAUGAAAACUAAGAGAAAAUUAUCAGUAGCAGAAGCAAUAAAAGAGAAAUGGCUGCCAUAUGAAGCUGCUCAACGAUUCAUGGAAUACCAGUACCUAACUGGAGGUCUUAUUGAACCUGGAGUUCCUGGUAGGAGAACUAUGGAGGAAGCUAUAAGAAAAGGCAUGCUGGAUGGAAGAGCAGCACAGAAGCUUCAAGACACAAGCAGCUACGGAAAGCAUCUGACAUGUCCAAAAACCAAACUGAAGAUUUCCUAUAAAGAAGCACUUGAUAACUCGAUGGUGGAAGAAAAAACAGGAUUGAGGAUGCUACAAGCAGCGUCUGUGUCAUCUAAAGGUAUUAGCAGUCCCUAUAAUGUUUCUUCUGCCCCUGGCUCCCGCUCUGGUUCUCGCGCUGGUUCAAGAAGUGGGUCUAGGCGUGGAAGUAUUGAUAAUGGUUUAUCAUCAAGUUUUAGCUUCUCUUUGUCAACUACUUCAACAAGCACUUCUAAUUAUUAACACAGUUUCCUUCAGCUCUAUUAGUA